AUUUGCAGGCCUGUGCCUCCGGAGAGGGGGGAGGGUAGGAAAGGCAGAUAGCAGAUGGGUCUAACAGGGGGAAAAAAAAAAGAAAGAAAAAAAAAACAGAGCAACAGCAUCGAUCUGAGGAGGAACGUUAAUUUACUAAAUCCAACAAAAUGAGAGAGUGCCCAAAGCUGUAGAGUGCAGAGGGAACCACAUGCUUCUCCACCGGGAAACCAAGAGUCUGCCAGAGGAAAAGAGGCUGGUGUUCUGCCAGGAGCUCCACCUUUCUUCCUCUGGGCCUGAAGUCCUUUGGGAAUGACACUCCUCCCCUCCCCUCUGAGAACCAAAAUGCCCAAAAAAGGCAAUCCACAGAACCAGAACAUUAACUGUAACUCCCACUGCUUUACAUGCUAUUCUGAUGUAGAAUACCAACAACAAAAAUCACAAAACCAUGACAGGAACAAAGAAUAUAAAAUUCAGGCUACCAGGAAGUGUUAUUUCCUGACCUCAGCCAUUAUGAGUUAAGAACUUGAUCCCAUUUUCCUGACUUAGGCUGACAACUCAAAAACCAAUAAAGAAUACAUAGCAUUUCCAGAACUACAAACUAUUAACUGCUGCAAGUACAAUAAAUGUUCCUGUAUGAAUCCUUCUUUGUUUUUUUUGUUGUUGUUUUUUUUGUUUUGUUUGUUUGUUUUGGCUCAAAGCUUGCUUCUUGAGGUAUUUCUUGUGAUAAGACUGACUUGUCUAGGAGAUGAGUGAUGGGUGUUACUGUGUGGCAAUCAACAUCACUGUGUGUGUGGACAAUUUUAGCUGUUUGCCUUCGGAAGAUAGUGCUAAGGACUGUUUACUGGCGGAAGAUCUAGCCUGUGACCAAAUAACUCCUGUUAGCUAUGGGAGACUGGGGGAUGAUAGCAUUGUAUCCUGUGAAGGCAAGAUACAAGUUGGCGCCUCCCUCCUCCCUCUUAUCUGAUGGCAAGGCCAGGAAGAUAAGAACAAAGGAGUUUCCUGCCAGAAGCUGCCACUCCAAAGACAGCUGACUCAACCACUUUGGACUUACAACAAUGCCCAAUGACCCAGCACUACUGAAGAUCAAUGACUGAACUACAAACCACGCUGGUGGUGACUAUCUCCCUUGUAUGGGAACUGCUGAGUCAUGGCCUGAACCUCUGAUUGAUCACCUGGGGCGAGCCAUGAAUCAGCCAGAGGAGCACAGGUGAAGGCAAUUCACCUGUGCUGCCAGAAGGGGGGGAGUCAGGCUCCACCCCUCCUAGACCUAUUUAAGAGCUGGCUACCAGUGGGGAAGGAUCUCUGCUGGAGGUUGCCUCUAUUGGUGUUUUGUGGUGAGCCCAGCUGAAGGAUAAGCCUCCCAUUUUAUUUUCUUUUGUUAUCGUUGUCCACUUUGCCUAACUCUUUUGAUUACAUUGUGAUUGUAACAUCUUGAUAUCCGUUGAUUAUACACUUGGCGAGCCAGGCAGACCGAAUAUACUAAAAUUAACAUUCUGUCUUUUCUUUGAAAUUUCUAUAAAUGGGUUAAGGGGGAGAACAAUACUCCUCUAGAGAAAACGAUUCCAGAGCAGAUCCCAGGAUUUUAGGGAUGCCCCUAUUAUGAGUUAGCAGUUAUCAUUGAAAAAUGGGGUCCCUUACGCGUUAUGGGCAAUAUCACCCCAUAUCGCAUGGCGGACUAUUUUCAAGGCCUUGGCAAGGAUGUCCUCAUUACUAAUGAAAAACAACUGGCUGCCUCCAUGGUGGCAUGGCCAUUAUUAAGUGCCUUAAAUCAUGCGGAUAUAAAAAAUAAUACUUUAGAAACUGAAAAUCAGCUCUUGAAAGACCGCAUUGAAAAGCUGGAGCAUGAACUUGGCGUUUUAACAGGGAAAAAGCCAAUUCUACAUCUUCCUGUAGGCCAAAUUCGUAACAUUUCAAUAAAUGAUGACCAGACUCCUGAAUCAACAGACUUGGUUGAUCAGGAAAACAAGAAAUCCAAAUCAGACCUUGAAUGUCCAAUUCUGACUGAUCCACUGGAAGUCCGUCCUGUCGUAACCCAGAAAACAAAAAAAAUACAGGACAGACCGGCAGGGGUGCCGCCUGAUCAGUGGCCCCCUGCCCAGACUCAUUUACACGUAACGGGUCGGCCAUACACGGCAACAGAAUUGAUGGACUUAGUACAACAACUUCAGCAGAAGCCUAGAGAAAGUGUGCCGGCUUGGUUAUUGAGAUUGUGGGAUUCUGGGGCAGAAAGUGUCUUGGUGAAUGGCCCAGAAAUAGCUAAGUUGGCCACCAUGACUGUUCAUCCUGCUCUCAGACAGAGGUUAUAUGUGGGUAAUCAAUAUCAUGAUGAAAACCAUUCCAUACUAGAAUGGUUAAUGGCAGCCUGCCGUAUGGUAUGGCCGAAUAAAUCGGACAUACCUUUACAUACAGGCAUGUGGUCCUCCAUGGAGGACCUUCAAAAUUAUAUCCGCGAACUGGGUGUAAGAGAGGCUAUCUAUGAAGAUACAUUUGAUGGCCCUGAUAUGGUUAAAUUUUCAGCAGGGAUGAGAGAUUUAAUUUUACAGCAAGCUCCCUGCCAUCUGUACGGCACCCUAGUCUCCAUAUUAAAUCCCCAUGUAGCGUCAGAAGCCGCAGUCCAGCAGGCUGCCCAGUUAGUUGCUGACUUGGGAGAAACAGAACGCCUGCGGACUAGGCGCAAUAUUCGGUUUUUGGAGGAAGCAGAGGUCCUGCCAGUAAAUAAAACCAAAAUGCCGGCUACUCGAGCUCCUCCAUUGGGACCCAUCAGGGUAUCCCAAAAAUAAAUGUUUAAUGAUUUAAUUCGGGCUGGGGUCCUAUUUGCUAAGAUCGACCGCCAGCCCAACCAUGUCCUUCUCCAGCUCUGGGGACAACUAAAGGACAAUCAAAAAUUCCAGAGCUACCCUAAGAAAUCAAGGGUAAGAGCUACAGAGAGGGUUCCAACAAAAACAUGGAACCUAGAAGAUUUUAUUGUUCCAAAUAGGAAAAAAAAAAGUCACCUCAGGUGUCUUGGGCCACAAUGCCUGAGCUGUCGGAAGCAAAAGAAUUAGCCCUAGCACAAUUCAUGCAGUGACAAGGGAUGUUAGUCCCCGUAGGGCCUCCAGACGGGACCGGAGGCCCUAUGUAGAAUUAACGAUUUACUGGUCCCCAAAAAAUAUUCAGAGAGUUAUGGCAUUGGUAGACACGGGAGCAGAAACAUCAAUUAUCUAUGGAGAUCCGAGAAAACUUGAUGGCGACAGAGUGAUGAUUGGUGGUUUUGGGGGACAGACUAUUCCUGUCACCCAAACAUGGUUAAAAUUGGGGGUUGGGCGUCUCCCACCCCGGGAGUACAAGGUGUCUAUUGCCCCAGUCCAAGAAUACAUCCUGGGCAUAGACAUUCUAUGGGGUCUGUCUCUCCAAACAACUGUGGGAGAGUUCAGACUUCGACAAAGAUGUAUCAGUAUCCAGGCGGUGCAGGCAAUAUUAAGAGGCCAUGCAAAACAUGGGCCUGUUUGCCUGCCGAAACCGCACCGGAUUACUAAUGUGAGAAAGUAUAGACUCCCAGGUGGACAAGAUGAAAUAUCGAGAACAGUGCAGGAAUUAGAAAAAGUGGGCAUUAUAAGACCUGCACACAGCCCGUAUAACUCCCCCAUAUGGCCAGUGCGAAAGUCGGAUGGCACAUGGAGGAUGACAGUAGAUUACAGAGAAUUAAAUAAGGUCACGCCGCCUAUUCAUGCGGCCGUACCCAAUAUUGCCUCCCUAAUGGACACAUUGAGUAGGGAGAUAAAAACCUAUCAUUGUGUCCUAGAUCUAGCAAAUGCAUUCUUCAGUAUCCCAAUUGCUGAGGAAUCGCAAGAUCAGUUUGCGUUUACGUGGGGAGGCAGGCAGUGGACCUUUCAGGUCCUGCCACAGGGGUACGUGCAUUCACCAACGUAUUGUCACAAUCUAGUGGCGCGUGACCUGGCUGAUUGGAGAAAACCUGAUGAUGUUAAGCUAUAUCAUUAUAUUGAUGAUCUGCUGUUGACAU